CUCUUGGCGGGACAACACAAAAGUUGCAAAGUGCCGUUUAAUUGAUUCGCGAAUUUCUGCGUUAAUUUAUGUUCUCCGUGCGUUCCGUCCCGCAAUCGUGUGGCACCGGGGAUUAAUAGUGUGUGGUGUUGGGCGACCGGAUUGAGCAGAGACCCGCUGCCGUCCUUUUGUACCCAGUUUCCCGACAAGUUUUCCCCAGCUGGUGGUUGCCGCGGGGUGCGCCUACCUGUUUUCAUAUUUGUGCGUCGUGAUUAACAGCUUGUGUGGCGGGAAAUUGUGUUUUAGGAACGAUUUUCUAGUAACUGGACUUCACCACAAACAGUGGAAUGCAGAAUUUCUGAGCCUUUCUCCACGAUUUAUGGAUGCAUGAGUUGUCCUGAGGAAAAAGAAGAAGAAUAGAUAGCAAAAACGGCCUGGGGGAGAGAUGGAAACGGAAAAUGGGCCACAGGAAAGCGAGCCCACCGUGGGCACCAAGAAGGUAGUGCAGAAUUUAAGUUCAACCGUGAUACAAAGGAGGUGUAGAAAGGAUGAAGAUGAUGAUGGUACUAGGCGCGUGGAUAAAUCGCUGACUCUGCUCACGCUCGGUAUGGUUAAGAUGUUGCGCGAGUCCCCGGACGGAUCGCUGUUCCUGGGAGAGGUGGCGAAGAUCCUGCGAGUGAAUCAAAAGCGGCGGGUGUACGAUGUCACCAACGUGCUGGAGGGUAUAGGAUUGAUUGAAAAAAUAGGCAAAAACCACGUCAAAUGGAUCGGAGAAGAGCUGACGAGCGAAUCGUGCCGCGGGACGGCCCGCAAGAUCGGCAUGCACAUCAAGGAGCGCCGAAAGCUGGAACUUCGCGAAGCAUGGUUCGAUGCGAAACUGCAGCGCAUGCGGAAGAGCAUCGAUCUUGUACUGAAGGAAGAGCGGAGCCGUUCAUUCUUGUACGUCACGAGUGAUGAUCUGACGCGCAUACUACCGUACGAACGUCAACACAUGCUCAUCUUGUGCAGCGAUUAUCGAUCACCUCGGAAACAGGCUACGUUCGGGCCCUUCCCUUCCAUGUUAUAUCGUCGAAUGCAGCGCGUACUGAAGGUACGUGCAAAACGACGGGGUCAAACGUUGGAUAUGCUUAUGCUACAGACCCCUGCCGGUACCUGCUACACGCGUCCUAGUAGGCGAGUAGCGAUGUUCCGCGGUGAUCCUUCCUCGUAUGUGCGGCUCAAUAUGAACGAAGAACAACUAUGGAGGAAGAGCGGACAGAAGUCGCCCGUGAACGAUAUGGAAGGACAUAACGGCGCAACGGGAACUGAUGAGUUUCAGGAAGGGGAAAGACAGGAAGAGCAUGGAAACGAUGGCGAAGACGACUGCGACGACGUGGUGCAGGAAUUGAGACGGGAACGACAAAGAAUGGAACUGGCACGGUUACUACUCGAUGACCGAACGGACCUCACCGGCUACAGCCGCUAUCAACCGAAACAGUGGUCUACUAUGGAACUAGAAGCGGAACACGGAGAUUUCUCGACGCCUUUCAUUCUGCUCGAUAUGAAACCAUGCGGUGAUUACCAUCAGGCUCUUGGGGAGGAUGAUGGUGUAAAUGAACUAUUCGAUCUUCGAUUUCCCUCCGGCGGUGACGAGGAAUCAACCGAUAAAGUGAAAGAAGAACCACUAGGUGACAGUACUGAUGUCCAACCGUCCGCCACUAUCCAGCCAACGUAGUCGCCUACACUUGAAACCAAAACCAAAAAUGGGAGAAAAGCAAUAAUUCAUCUUCUAGCGAUGGUUUCCAUGGUAGCACGAAGGAGGUCUUGAACGACUCGACGUGAUGCGAUGAUGUGAUUUGAGGGAAAAGGGCACGGUCCUUGUGUGUCUUUGUUCCCAUCAUGCAUCUCCAUCCAAAAUUAUUGUGGUUUUUGUAAAAAAAUGUUUUAGUAUUUUGGAUCAAAAUUUUUCAAAAAAAAAACCCUUCUUGUUCAUCGCAAAACAAUCCACUAGCUAUUAGUUGCCAGAAAAAGGAGUUGACUCUUUUGUUAUAUACACGUAAGUUGAUGAAGUUUUCUUGAAAUCACGAGUGAACUCAUUGGCUGCACUUGCCAAUGGGAUGGGAUUGCCAUAUUGGCCGGGUUUGACUGAUUCGAUUUGCGUUCUUUUCUUUAUCGUGAAAGAGUACUGUUACUAAAACCCAACCACUAGAGCGCGUCUAGAGAGUUUGAGUCGUUUGAACUUCAUAUUACGAUAGAUUACAAUCAAUCUUCGUGUGUAAAGUGGUUUUGUAAGGAUAGCUACUCAACCGAAUGGACCUAGAUAAUGAGAAAUGUAGUCAAUAGCAACUAUGGACAAAUUUAAUAAAUCAAAAAGGUUUGUGACGAUACGAUCUGGAGAACAUUUUUCAGGUGUCUGCGCUGGCAACGGCUAUAACGUGAAAUGGUUUAAUUAAUAAUUGCGAAGCUCUACCAUUUACUGCGUGCAACGACAUGAUCAGAGUGCACAUUGUCGUUGCGGCCAUUAGCGUGCACGGA